UAGGACAUUAUUCCAUUGUCGUUUGUUCCUUCCUGCAUUUCAUUUCUUGUAUAUCCUUUGAGUGAGAUACACAAAUACCAUAUAUAAACAAGUUGCAUUAUACACAUUCGCCUGUAUCAUUUUAGCCGACGUAUCUUCAUUGUUGUUUAAUGGGUACUCCUGAUCCUUCUGAAGAGUUGGCAUCGUCAAAUGCGAUGGUUAAACCUGAAGCUUCUACCCCUAGAAACAGAACCCCAGAUUUAACCACCUCAAUCGAGAAUGGUUCUUCAUUAUCUACUUCAUCCACAAAUAAAACUGGACUACAGACUCCUGAAACAUCACCCAGGUUUCAAGUUCCAGGGGAUGUGCUUAAGAAUCUCACUCCAUCAAGAAGCAUGAAGUCACCUGAGAAGCAACAGCAAGCUAUUAAAAAACGACAAGCUCAUUUAGAUUCUAUAAGACACAGAUUGAAACGUAAAUCACUUGAAUUAUCUAACCGUUUGCAAAUUUUGCAAUUUAAAAGGCAGGAAGAAACCCGUAGAAGGAUCAACCGGAUAAAUAAAGAUUUGCAUGAAAAGAAACAACGUAGACUGAAGUAUCUUGAUUUAAUUCGUGAACGGGCUGGUAAAUUUUAUUUGCGUAAUGUUUCCAUUUUAUUUAAACCUACAAUCACUCCAAUUAAGAAGUAUAAACAGGAUGUAGUGGAAGCACCAAUACUUGUAGAUACUGGUUUUAUUACUGAUAUCCAAAGAAAGUGCCGGUUGAUUUUGUUUCGCAAGUACAUUGCAACCUUGGAAGAAUCAAAAUUUUUAGACGAAUUUGAACUGUAUUCAUUUAAUAAAAUAGUGGAAAUAUUGAAUACUAAUUCUACUAUUAAAACUAGUAUGAAUUUCAUUUUGAAAUAUUUGAAUGUCCCUCGAUUAUUUGGAGCUCAAUAUAAAUCCUUUUUUUAUUGUUUUAUAUUAGUUGGGGAUUUUAAUGAUUGUAUGGAAUUUGAAAAACAUCCCGGUUUCAAUGCAAAUAAUAGUUUGUAUGAAUCAGAAUUGUAUUUUUAUAAUUCUAUCUGGUUAUUGGUUUAUAAAUUUACUAAAUUGUUGAUUAAUGAAUUUAAAUUGGUGGUACGAAAUCGAAAAUUACAUGAUAAUUUCAUAUCCCUUUGGUAUGAUUAUAACUUUAUAUUUAAGAUUUUUAAGUGGAAUCAUUAUAGAAACAUUUGUGAUAUUUUAUCUGAUUCUUUAGCAAUAGUUGACCAGCAAAUCACUGUUAGUGAAAGUAACGAAGGAAAGCUUCAAUUGAUGCAACAGAAACUGAAGUUAGCUCAAGAAUUGUCAUUGUUGAAUAGUUAUAAUAUUGAAGAAUUGGCCAAGUUUAAUGAAACGGUUGAAGUCGUUCAAUUUAAGAAGUCAUUUAGUAAUAUCGUAGCUGAAUUUUAUGCAAAACCGACCCAUCAUGUACUUAUUCAAAAUAAAACCCGAGUUAUUCAAUUUAGUACUUUUAAGUUUUAUGUGCCAACAUGUGAAAUUUUGAAAACCAGUGAGUGGAGAAAAUUCUGGUUUGAUAAGUUUAGAAGGCAAGAAGAUAAUCGAGAGUUUCCUGAAACAAUACGAAGUGGUUAUAUUAAGAAUUUAAUUGAGAGAAAUGUGGAUGAGUUUAUUCAUGUUGAUGAUAUAGUAUCUCGGAAAGUGACGGAUGAUGUUGAAUUUCGUUUACCACAGAUUUAUAACGAUUUACGAGAGUAUUAUAUCGAAUUUAUGAAGGCCAAAAACGAUAUAGACCUUGACUAUAUCGAUUUAGAUACAAAUGACAAUUACUAUUUAAAGCUAAUGGAAGAGCUCAUACGGCACUAUGAUUAUGAUAAUAGUAUACUUCUUGACUUGACUGCAAAAAUCUAUCAGAAUGGUAUUAUUUCGAAACGAGUGAUACAGGAACUUGAAACUUAUGUGUGUAAUUUAUGGAUCAACAAGAGUAAGUUUACCGAAUUCGCCAAGGUUCAGCAAUUUGAAAAUAUAUACACAUUGAUUAACACGGUUAAUUUUUCCAAGUUAAGAUUUAACAUUUUUACAUCUAGUCCGAAUUUAUUAUUCCAAAACUUUUACCAGAUGAUUUUAAAGUAUAAUCAACCAAUGCUUGACUUGAGUGAAGAUACUCAACGAAGGAUUUUACAUUCUGCAUUCAAGAAUUCAGUAUCGCGUGUUUUGAUCAGUGCAGAUAAGGAAAAUUCCCGACAAUUCUUUACUCGUUUGUUUUAUAAAAUUAUUGUGUAUGAAGAUAAUUUGCAGCCUGAUGAAUUAAAUGGAUUAUUUUGUGAAAAUUUUACAAAAUUCCAUACCCGAAUAUUACAGUUAAUUGACGCAACCGUUUUCAGAAUAUUAUACUCAAACUAUAUAUAUCCCAGUGACAGAAGCAGAGCCAGAUUAACCAAAGUAGAGGUGCAAACGCUUGUAACAAGAUUACAAAACACUAAAGAUGUUGCUAGUGUUUUACAAGCUGCAAAUAUUGCAGAUUUCGGAUUUUUCAAAUAUUAUACGAAGUCACACGAGACGUUCAAAACUUUAUUGCAAGGUAAAGUUUUCAACAUGUUACAACUGGGGAAAUCGAAAGAAGCAUAUAUAAUUAUCGAGGGGAACUUCCCAGACUUUAAUGGCGAAGUGUUAGAGUUGGCUAAUGACGUUUGGAAAAUGACUUUUUUUGUUUAUAAAUUAUAUAAUCCAAUUCUCAAUUGGAUUUAUAUAGACUUGGGAAUGUCUUAAGGUUAGGAUUUACUUUGAGAAGUCGUGCAAAUAGAGACACUUUCUUUGGGAAGAACUUAAACAAAGUAAUUGAGUUAUCUUUCAUUGAUAAAUUAGUCACGUGGAAUUUAUAUAAUUAGGACAAUAGCAGGCACCUGCAUACAAGACGCAUUUUUUAUUUACUGAUUUGGAACCGCGCUUAAUUUCUUUUAUUACUCUAAUUGGUUGACUCAUUCAAAAGAAAAGAGAUAAAGAAAAAGAAAAAAUUUUCAGUAAAAAUUUCAAUUUCAUUCACCACUUUCUUUUACAGUUAGCUUAGUCUUAGUAGUUGAUACAUCAUGUUAAGAAGAGUUAGUGAAAGAUCUAUCAAGAGAUUGUCUUCUGCUAGAUUAGUAGCACCUUCAGUGUGUGCUACCCCUAUUUUCGUCAAGGCAUCCACACCAUUUGUUCAAUCCGCCAGAUCUAUCUCUAGUUCUCCUAUUUCAUAUUCCACCAAAGCUACCGUGAUUCAAUUAUUGAACAAUAUUGGUUCGAAGCGUGAAGUUGAACAAUAUCUUAAGUAUUUCACCUCGGUUUCCCAGCAACAAUUCGCCGUCAUUAAGGUUGGUGGUGCCAUUAUUACUCAACAAUUGAACGAAUUAGCGUCCUGUUUAGCAUUUUUAUACCAUGUGGGAUUAUAUCCUAUUGUCCUCCACGGAACUGGUCCCCAAAUCAACGAACUUUUGGAAAAUGAAGGGGUUGAACCAGAAUAUAUCGAUGGGAUUAGAAUCACCAACCCAAAGACCAUGGAAGUUGUCCGUAAAUGUUUCCUUGAACAAAACUUAAGACUUGUCACCGCCUUGGAAAAAAUCGGGGUUCACGCCAGACCCAUCACUACUGGUGUAUUUGG